UUGAAGUAAAAGGUCAAAAACUGAAUCGUUUUUUUAAUUUUUCUGAAAAAAACUAAUUGAGGAUUCAAUAUCAAUAAUUAUAUAAAACUUUGACCCUCCUUCCUAGUUAUAUAGUUAAACAUUUUUUUUUUUUUUUGCGGUGUAUCUUGCUUAGCAUUAAUUUAAUAUUUUUGUUCUUACGGUUAAUACAUGAUUUGAUGGAGUGAUGGACUUUUUAACGAAAUAAAUAUAUUAAAAACAUGCAGCUGUUGCUUGUAUCGGGCAGGAAACAUUUUCUGAAGGUGCCCCAAGAAGUCCUAACGGUUUUGUCACAGAGCACCGUGGAAGUGCAUUUAUCCAGAAACUUCACGCCUCCUUCAUACCCUGACGCGAAAUAUGUCCAAAGCUCGUUUCGAACCUGGAUCUCCUGGUUAUAAAGUAAGCGCUUUAACCACUCCGCCAAGGCCGCACAAACCACGGCUUAUGUUAUUUGAAACACGUUCUUCAGUUGUUACUCUGGCAAAUGAUGGUCAUUCUACUAGAUAUAUUCAAAAAUUGUUGAAAAUACCGCAAUCAACAAUGAGUGAUGCUAUUCGUCGGUUUAAAUGUACUGGUACAAAUAAAAAUAGGAAAAGAACUGGACGUCCCUCCAAAAUAUCAAAGGCUAAAGACAAGUCAAUUAUACUCUCAUAUAAACGAAAUAAACGAUUAACAGCCCAAGAAGUAACAUCUAACUUCAAUGCUGUUCAUAAUAAAGCUAUUUCAGAAAGAACUGCAAGACGUUGCUUGAAAACUGUUGGCUUAAAGAAUAGCUGUUCGAAAACCUCUUCUAAAAGCAAUAAAUCAGAAAAAAAGACUUCAAUGGGCUCUAACACAUUUAAGUUGGAAAGAUAUAGACUGACAAAAUGUAUUGCGGGCGGACGAAUCUAAAUUUCUUGUUUUUGGAACAAAGCGACGGAUUUAUGUGCAACAAACAAAAACUGAAAAAUUUCAUCCACAGUGUAUACAUCCUACUGUCAAACAUGGUGGAAGUUCAGUAAUGGUUUGGGGCUGUUUUGCUUCUAAUUAGGUCGAUAAUCUUGUGAAAAUAAAUGGAAUUCUCGAUAAGAACGGAUACCAUAAGAUAUUAUGUAGACAUGCCGUGCCUUGUGGAAAGCGUCUAAUUGGCCACGGGUUCACCUUACAAUACGAUAAUAACCCAAAACAUUUAAAUACUGUACAAACUAUUUGCAAAAAAAGGAAGCUCGUGGAGAACUCUAAGUUAUGACAUGGCACCCACAAUCCCCUGAUCUCAACCAAAUGGAGUUACUCUGGGAACAACUGGAUCGUGAGGUAAAAAAAGAGUCUCCUUCAUCAACAACUCAUUUAUGGUCAAUUUUGCAACGAGUGUAGAAUAAUAUUUCUUCAAUUUAUUAGGAUAAUUUAAUCAAACGUAUGCCAAAACUUGUUUGUACAGUAAGGAAAGCAAAGGGUGGAUUUUUUGAUGAAAA